UAUUCCUUUUUUCCUUUAUGGACAUAUUGCCCAACGUGAAAAAUUUGUCUCUCACAGACUCACUGUCUGAAAAUGGGUAUUUUAGAACGAAUAGCUGAAAUCGAGUCCGAGAUGGCCAGGACACAGAAAAACAAGGCAACUAGUGGACAUCUUGGCCUUCUUAAAGCUCGACUAGCUAAACUGCGACGAGAACUCAUAGAGCCUAAAGGUGGCGGUGGAGGUGGAGGAGAAGGUUUCGAUGUUGCCAAAACAGGAGAUGCACGAAUUGGAUUUGUGGGCUUCCCAUCAGUAGGGAAGUCUACCUUACUCAGUAAUCUAGCUGGAGUGUACUCUGAAGUGGCUGCCUAUGAAUUUACCACCCUUACAACUGUCCCUGGGGUCAUCAGAUAUAAAGGUGCAAAAAUUCAGUUGCUGGAUCUGCCAGGUAUUAUUGAAGGAGCUAAGGAUGGCAAAGGACGUGGAAAACAAGUAAUUGCCGUGGCCCGGACCUGCUCCCUGAUAUUCAUUGUUCUGGACGUCCUAAAGCCUUUACAACACAAAAAACUGAUUGAGCACGAGUUGGAAGGUUUCGGGAUCAGGCUAAAUAAAUCACCUCCCAAUAUAGGCUUCCGGAGAAAGGAGAAAGGGGGGAUAAAUCUGCAGACUUUGACUACCCAGUCGGAGUUAGACAUUGAUUUGGUAAAGACAAUUCUCGGAGAAUACAAAAUGCACAAUGCUGAUAUUGUACUGCGAUCGGACUGCACAGCCGAAGAAUUGAUUGACGUUGUGGAAGGAAACCGUGUCUAUAUACCCUGUAUCUACAUUCUCAAUAAGAUAGACCAAAUCUCUAUAGAGGAGCUGGAUAUCAUUUACAAAGUCCCUCACUGUGUUCCAAUCUCCGCCCAUCACAAGUGGAACUUCGAUGACUUAUUAGAGAAAAUGUGGGAUUAUCUAGGACUAGUUAGAAUAUACACCAAACCAAAAGGCCAGCUUCCAGACUACACAGCUCCAGUCGUAGUCAAAAGAGACAAAUGUACGGUAGAGGACUUCUGCAACAAACUACACAGAAGUAUCAUCAAGGAGUUCAAAUAUGCCUUGGUCUGGGGGUCCUCUGUCAAACACCAGCCCCAGAAAGUCGGAAAGGAACACACGCUGGCUGACGAAGACGUGGUUCAGAUCGUCAAAAAAGUGUGAUGUGAGAAUGCUCUGAAGGUGAAGUUUAUUUGGUGGAUAGAUUUCUGCAUAACGAACCCUGACCUUGCAAUUAAAGAUUCCCAUCAGUCCUUGUUUGACAAUUUUGGUACUGAACUGAAUAUUUAUUGAAAAUAUUUCACAGACUUUGUAUAUGACAAAGUUGAACUUGUAGGGGAUUUAAAAGAACUUUGGAUUAACAGAUAAUGAUGUUUAUAUCUGUAAGACUGAAAGUUAUUAAAAUGUGUAAAACAUUGUAUUGGAAAUUUUGAAAAUGCAUGAAUUUUCAUAUUAGCUAUUCUGGUGCAGAUGUCUGUCAUGUUUUUCAGUUUUAUUGCUGGUGAAAUAAAGGGGCAAUAAGCAAU